CCAUACUACCAUGCCAGACCCCCCACCUUCCCAUCCAAUCCGAAGACGACACCCAUCGCCCCACACCCACACACACCCACAGAGAAGGGAAGAACAUUCCAUCCUCUCUUCCCUCCAUCCCUCCAUCACUCCUUCAAACACACUUCUAAACUCCUGUGAACUACUACCCCUCUCCCAGUCCCUUCCUGGAUCAUUCUCCUCGCAUCUCAUUCGGUUGUCCAUCCCUCGCCUUCCCUCCAAUCUCAUUCGCUGUGCCUGCCCCACCCCCGGCACAUCCCCGGCUUUCCCGGCUCUCCAUUGGCUGACAUUGGUCACAUGCUGCUGCCUGCUGCCGUCUCUGAUUGGUGCAGGGGAGACGUGGGACGUGGUCGCAGUGUGUCCAUUCCACUGCGUCUGUCGGAACCUUUCGGACUCUCUGAGCACGCUCUGUGCAGAUAAAGGCCUCCUAUUCGUUCCCCCGAAUGUCGAUCGACGAACCGUAGAGCUCCGAUUGGCUGAUAACUACAUCACGGAAGUGGGCGGGGCUGACUUCGCCAAUAUGACCGGAUUGGUCGAUCUGACUCUAUCCCGGAACACUAUCCACUCCAUCCGACCAAUGACGUUCUCCGAUCUGGAGAGCUUGCGGAGUUUGCAUUUGGACGGUAACCGCUUGACGACGCUGGGACCGAGGGACCUGUUGGGAUUGGUCAAUAUUCAGCACCUCAUCGUCAACGGUAACCAGCUGACCAGGGUAUCGGCAGAAGCGUUCAAUGAUUUGCUGUUUACGUUGGAGGACUUGGACCUGUCUUACAACAACCUUAGAUGGUGA